GGUUUCUGGAAUUGAUCGUUGUCAUAAUUGGCAACGUUUAUGUAGGGAUCAUUUUUUAGAAGAAAACUGUAAGCCGGGAAAAAGCAAUUUUUAUUUUCAAUCUUAUGAUUGAAAUGGUUCUCCUCCUAUGUAGUUAUGCUGCUCAAAGUAAUGAUGUUGAAACUGGAAAUAAUGUAAUUUUACCAAUGGAACAAAAUAUAAGAGAGGAAAAUAUUGAAAAUGCUGUUGUAAAUAAUUUUAAAUCACCAAGACGGUCACUUAGACUUACUAGAAACAAUGAGGAUAUGAGUAAUAAAAAUAUACCGGACCAUACUUCAGGAUCUGGAUUACGAUGUUCCGUUAAAAACUGCUUUAACAGGCAUUCAAAGAUUCUUAGUCUCUUUGGCUAUUCUAAGGAUUUCACGCUCAGAAAAAAGUGGAUAGAAAAAUGUGAAAUAAAAAAAGGUCCUGCUAAAAUAGUAAAACCUUGUACAAGAGUUUGUAUUACUCAUUUUGAACUAGAAUGUUUCAAAAAUACUGCAUUAAAAAAUAGAUUAAAACCAGGCGCUAUUCCAUCAUUAUUUUUUGAUAGUGGUAGUACUGAAGAAGACCCGGCAGAGUUUACAUGUUCCCGUCAGGAAGUGUUGGACUAA